AUGUUGGUCAAAUACAUCUUCACCGAGUCCGCCCCCUCCCAGACAAACUACUUCCGCGGCGGCCGCGGCGGCGCAGGCAACAUCGUCCGCACCUCUUCUCUCCCCUCCACAGCAACCUCCGCAGCCUCAACAACCACCACAACAACAACCACAACAGCUUCACCAUCCUCGGCAGUGCCCCGGCAUCUGCCCAACCAGCGCUUCUUCUCCGGCAUUGGAGGCGCGGGCAACGUCCACCAGGGCGCCGAGCUGCAGUCCGCUCUCCUGGACUCCCUCGAGACGAGCAGCGCCCACAACCCGGAGGUUGGUCACGUCGGACGCGGCGGCGCGGGCAACGUCUACAGCAGCAACGGCCGCCGUAAGACGAGCGAUGCCGGCAGCAGCAUCUCGAGCGUCAAUAGUGUGGCCAGCUCGGUGAGCGACAAGGCAAAGGUGUGGGCGUCGCGAGUGAGCGGUGCGUUUGCUCGCAAGUAG